AGGCAGUUUCUUUUUACUCCCCAAAUAUGUUACUUGCUUAAUGCCAGUCACAACUUUACAUCGUACACGAACACAGCUAUUUAAGAAAAGUACACAAUGGAAUCGAAUACUAUUUUUUUAAAAAUGAAGGAGGAGGCUUCGAACGAUGCGUUGGUAGAGCCCCCACCAGGGAUGAACCUAUCGCAGCGGAGCGGAAAGCUCUCGAUGCCAGUUGCUCCUGAGGAGGAGGGUGGCGAAAAAGGAUCACCGAUAACUGCAAGGGAAAAACCUGUGAGAAAAAGCAGAAUGGCCACCAAAUCCAAAUCUUCAGCUCCUCAUCCCCUGGAUGAGGAAUUCCAAUCGUUGUUCGGAUGCAACUUCGAGGUGGUCCGGAGGAAGCUGGCCAAGGCGGGGCUCGAGAUUGGCCCGAAGGCCAGAGCCAAGCCCCGAAAGAAAUCAGGAGGCAAAACGGUGCCCAAGACGGUGCCCAGAUCUUGCGUACGGGGAGCGGCAAAGGGAUCAGCCAGAGGAGCAGCCAAGGCAGGGGCGGAGGCUGAACCGAAGGCCAAGAAGGGAACCCGAUCCACGAUCAACAGGCGAAAAUAUAAGUAAAGGUCAGCCACUUGGCACUCCCCAAAAUUACCAGUGUUCAGCUAUGUUUUGCAACGGAAGCAUCCUUCCAAUCCCCAAAAUCUUAUCGUUAUAUAUUCAUUGUGCUCCUUGCAAAUUCAAAACACUUGCUUCCGGACCGGACGAGUUCACGAUUAAGUCCGCCCGCUGAAAAGUUCUGAAGCUGUUUGAAUCG